UAGCUACUAGAUCCUGUCCUCCAUUCAAGUGGGAUGAUGCAUGGUCGGGCAAUGUCUUCUUAUCUUCUCUCCUGAUCUACUACUCAUCUAGACAAAACCUCAUAGUGGGAGCUACUCACUACUUAUUACUAUUUUGCAGGCAUUUUAGAAGAACUCACCACACGGCAUUUUUUCUUCUCUCUUAUCAUCAACUGAAUUGACUGAUUGAACUUGACGUUAUAGCUGCGGGUGAGAAUGAACGAUGUCGGAAUACAAGAUGUCUUAUGAGGCGGAGCUGGACUCCUACCAGCUCUAUCAUCGAUACGAGCAGUCUCAAUCACGGGAUAAUGACUGGAAACAAGCUGCUCUGCGUGGUCCAGCCCUGCCGGCGCUGGGCAACGCCUUGGCCGGUGCCAUUGGGGCGGCAUUGUCGAAUGUUGCCACUUAUCCGCUGAGUCUGAUCGUCGCCCGACUGCAGACGCAGCAAACAAAAUGUUCGAGCAAGGGGAAGGCCAAACCACAAGACAGGAAGGACGAAGAUGCUCGUGGCGACGAGUACGCCGGUGUCCUCGACGCCGCCCGCAAAAUCUACGCGCAGGAAGGCCUCGCGAGCUUCUACACGGGCGUCGCGCAGGAUACAGCCAAGUCCGUCUUCGACUCGUUCCUCUUCUUUCUAGCGUACGAGUUCCUGCGGCAGCGGAGGAUCAGGGCUCGAUUUGGCGCCGCGCGGAGGUCGAAGCAUACCGUUCUCCCUGUGCUGGAUGAGUUGGUGAUCGGGGUCAUCGCGGGGGCGUUCGCGAAGCUGUUCACGACCCCGUUGGCGAAUAUCGUGGCCAGGAAGCAGACGGGGAAGAGAGCGGCGGGGACCAAGGAGAUCGCGGCGCGGAUUCGUGCGGAGAAAGGCCUGCGGGGAUUCUGGUCGGGGUAUUCGGCUUCGCUGAUUCUGACGCUCAAUCCGUCGCUUACGUUCUUCUUGAACGAGGUGCUGAAGUAUACGCUAUUGUCGCGCGAGAAGAGACAGAAGCCGUCGCCUGCGACGACUUUCUUACUCGCUGCCCUCAGCAAGUCGGCGGCGUCGUCCGUGACGUAUCCGUUCUCGAAGGCCAAAACCCGCGCUCAAGUUACUGGCGAUGAGUCUUCGUCUGCGCUUAAAGCCUCUGGGGAUGAGCGGAAGGACAUCUCCGAGACCGAUGAGGGGAUAUCGUUCACUCCGGCGAUUGUCAAUAAUGUCAUCAACAUCGCUCGCACGGAGGGCUUGGCAGGCCUCUACGCCGGCCUGCAUGGUGAGGUUCUUAAGGGCUUCUUCUCACAUGGUUUUACGAUGCUUGCUAAGGACGCGGUGUACUCGGGCAUUGUUCAGAGUUACUAUUUGCUGUUGAUUGCUCUGCGGAAAUAUCCCAGUCCCGAAGAGCUGAUCCAGCGCGCUCGGGAACAAGCCGAAGAGUAUGCUGAUGUUGCCCGGGAGGGUGCCCGCGAUUUGGCGGAGAAGACAAAGCAAGGCGCAGAGGAGGCGAUACACACUCUGACAGCUCAGGGGGAACCCGAGGAGGUAAAUCUGUUGGGGAACAAUGAGACAGCGGAAAUGGUGGGCGACUAUGUCGAGGAUGAAGGGACUACUAAGGACCUGUAUCACUGUGUGUUUCCCCCCUAUCUUCCAUCCUUUUUCUCUGGUACCUCGAUGUCGACUGCACCAAACCCAGGCCCUGGCCUGGGAGACUUGGAGAAAGAAUUGACAUGUUCGAUCUGUACCGACCUCCUCUACCAACCCCUCACCCUCCUCAACUGCCUCCACACCUUCUGCGGCUCGUGUCUUAAAGAGUGGUUCGCCGUGCAAGCGACCCGUCCCCGCCCAUCUGCGUCCGCCCGCUUCACCUGCCCAUCAUGUCGAGCCGCCGUGCGCGACACCCGUCCCAAUGCCACGGUGACGACUUUGUUGGAUAUGGUCCUGACGGCCAGUCCCGACCGCGACAAAUCCGCCGCCGAGAAGGAGGAGAUCGCGCAGCGAUACAAACCCGGUGAUUCGGUGUUUCCCGCUUCGGAUGCGGGCUCAGAUGAAGACGAGGAUCGAAGGGUACUGGAGGAAGUGAGAGCUUUGAGUUUGCAGGACAGUCGGUCGCGGACGACGAGACACCAUCAACACCACCACCAACAACAACAACAGCAACAGCAGCAACAACAGCGCUCGAGACAUUCGUCGCGGAGUCGGCAUCGUCGUGCGGAGGGUGCUGAUGCGGAUUCGGAUGGGCAUAGAAGGGAGGAGGAUGGUCGGUCGCGACGGCGACGGGAGGCUUCUUCUUCUUCUUCUUCGCGGCGACAGCAACGGCGGACGGCUGGGGAUUUGGAAGGCUCGGAGCGGUCAGCGAGGCGGGUGGAGCAUCAGUCGAGUCUAAGGUCGUUGUUGAGCUUGUCGGAUACGGAAACCAUGCAGGAAGAGAUCUUGCGCCAGAUCUUCGAGGAAGGGUUGCUGGAUGAUAUCGAUCUGGAUAAUAUGGGCCCGUCGCAGGAGGAGGAACUCAGUGAACGCAUUGCGGAUGCUUAUCGUCGGAGGCAUAGGCUACGAGCGCGGUCCCAGCAGCGAAGAACGGAGUCCCGAGACAGUCCGCAGACGUCGUCUUCCCGGCCUCGCGCUCGCUCCCAGUCUGUGCAGAGGACGGAUAAUAGUACUACGACUGCGGUGAGAGAUACGAGGGAGUCGAAUGGUGGUCCCCCGGUGUCGAGACCGUAUCUUCUGGAUCCGCUUGUCGCGCGGGAUGGAUCCUCGGGUCACCAGAGGCGCUUGUCGGAUCAGGGAGGCAGUAGGAGUCGUCGGAGAACCUCGCCUGUACCUGUGAACGCGGCAUCUUCUUCGGAAGUCUCGCUGCGGCCUGCAGCGCGAUCCUCGAGCGACAUGGUGGCUGAUCGACCUCGGAAUUCGCAAGCGAGUCGCGUUAGGACAACAGAAUCGUUGACAACGUCCCGGUUACGCCGUGCAACUGCGUCUGAACAGAAUGUCCCAAACAUCUGGGUUGAGGGCGCAAGAGAAAGACAACUCCGCCCGUCUUCUGGAAGAUCGUCGAUUGACUCUCCGCGGGUGGCUACGGCUCUGAACCAUAGGGGACGCAACGGCUCUUGGCCUACGAGCCCGGAUGAGCCUUCGACAGCAUCGCCGCCUACCAGCUCCUUAGUCGUCGAGGUCGGUGGCGCUGGGCGACAGGAAUCUCGUUCACGGCCGUCAUCCUCUCGAUCCAACGCGCCUCCUCGCUCGGCGACAUUGUACCCGGAACCAUCGAUCAAGUGUGACCGGUGUGAUAAGCCCAACAUUCAGUAUGACCUACAUAAGAAGUGUCCCAGUUGUAGAGAUGGAGAUUAUCAUAUAUGCCUGCGAUGCUAUCGCACCGGACGUGGCUGUUUGAACUGGACCGGCUUUGGAGCGUCUGCAGAAGCAGAUCUAGACCGCAUACGUGCUUCUGCUGGUCAGCCUCGGGCUUCGAAUGAUUCGUCGCAUAUACUUCUUUCUUGCAAGUAUCACCGCGCACCCGACACGGCGUAUCGAUCCGACAGAGAUGGAAGGGUAUUCACCAAUGACGACCCCGCUCGCAGACUGCAGACUGGGCUGUUCUGUGAUAUUUGCCAGUCUCCAGCCAACGACUGUCUCUGGAAAUGCAACCAAUGUAACGAAGGAGACUGGGGAUUCUGCAACCGCUGCGUCAACCAAGGUCGUUGCUGCACACACGCUCUGCUCCCUAUCUGUCGCAUCACCCGCGACAGCCCAUUAGCCUCUCCCACCAGAACCGACGCAAUAGCACCAAACGGCGCUUCGCCUUCAGAAACCGAGACUUUCAAGGUCCUCUCCUUUGCUACGAACUGCGACAUCUGCACGCAUCCGAUCUCAGCCUCAACGCUCCGCUUUCACUGCCUUGUGUGCAACGACGGCGACUACGACAUCUGUGCGAACUGCUACCUCCGCCUCGUUGCAACAGGCAAAAUUCGCAAAGAGAACGGUCACAACGGCUGGAGACGCUGCAUGAAAGGCCACCGCAUGACUGUGGUCGGCUUCGAAGAUUACGAGGAGGGUCAGCGCCGUAUCAUCGUGCGGGAUCUAGUAGGCGGUCGUGCGUUGAACGAUGAUCACCUCCAGCACACCCCAUUUUCUCCCUACAGACCCUCGUCCUCAUCUGCCGCGGGAACCGGAACAAUCGCAUCUCCUGAAUUCGCACCCGGCGACUGGCUCUGGAAAGAAGGUUCAGAACGCCGCAAAAAGGCUUCUCGCCUCCGCCCGUGGCCGCUUAGCGGCGAGCGCGAGCGCGAUCGCACUUUCGUCACGACCUCCCCUUCCUAUUCUGAACCCAGCACUCCGAAUACACCAACCUUUGCUGCCCCGACCCUACCGACCCCUGUAACAUCAACUUCGACAUCCUUAAGCUCGUCCCUAGGACGCUACCCGCCAGACGGGGGCGUCGGGCUCGUCGUCCAUGCUCUCUGGUCGUGGUACCCUGAAGAUGGCGUCAAGGAUGAACUGAUGUUUCCGCGGGGUGCUGAAAUCACGGAAGCGGAGAACAUCAACGAUGACUGGUACUGGGGGUGCUAUGCCGGCUUGACGGGGCUUUUCCCGGGCUCGCAUGUGCACGUCGUGGAUGAGAUUGUUUAGAUAACAGUGGGAAGGUGCACACGUCGAGGAUGAUACCGUCGAAUCGGGAACAGAUAAUUAGAGAGCUUGCGUGCCUGGCCGAUUGUUCUGUUCAUGUUCUAUUCUUCUGUUUCAUUUUUUUUUACUUUCUUGAUAUUGCAUGCUUCGGGUUCUUUGUCUCCGGCUGCUCAUGUCUGAC